ACUCAAUCCCUCGAGUCUCUCUCUCUCAUCCCCAAAAUCCCAAAGUUCUCCACAAAAAAUUAAAUAAAAUAAAAAUCAAAACCCUAAAUUUAUCGCGACCCAGAUUUCAAAUGGCGCGAAUCCUCUCCUUCCUCCUCCUCCUCUACCUGCUUUCCGCCACCGCCGUCUCCGCGCCCACCACCACGCGCCACCACUCCGGCACGUACUGUCAGCAGCCCUCGGCUUCUUCCCCCUCACAAUCUCCGGAGUGCAGGGGAACUAUCGCCGAGUGCCUGGCCGGCGACGAGGAGUUCGAUCUCGGCAGCGAGAGCAGCCGGCGCAUUUUAGCGACGAGGAGGUAUAUCAGCUACAAUGCGCUGAGGAGGGACAGCAUACCGUGCUCGCGCCGCGGGGCCUCCUACUACAACUGCCGCCCUGGGGCCCAGGCCAACCCCUACUCUCGUGGCUGCUCGAGGAUCACGCGUUGCCGGAGCUAAGAAUUUUACUACUUUGCCGCCUAAGUUUGUUGUUAAUUACAAUUAUGCCAUUGGAUGUUAAAUUAUUAUUAUUGUCGGUGUUUAUUUUGUAUAUCUCGAGAUUGGUUGUUGAUGAUGAUGGUGGUGGUGAUUGUUAGCUGUUAAAACCAUGAAAACUUUUAUUUUGCUUGUGUAUUUUGUUGAAUAAUUAUUUCUUUUGCUAAUGAUUGGUGAGUUUUUUUCUA